CGGUCGACGUUCCAAUUUGCCAUUUGAAAUUGGCCCACAAAAAGUUGGCCAACACCAAAAACUGAACGAACAGAUAAUGGCGCCCGUCUAAAGCAAGCCAAGCAACAAUUUACCAAAGAGAGUUCCAGUCAAAAGCUGCCAAAGGAUUAGGCCGUAAAGUUAAAGCAUCCCACCCCCGCUCCGUCCCCGCUCAAAAAAUUACAGUUAACACCCGUACACACACUCGCACACACACACAUACCACUGCUGACGUCAUCGCCAUGGAUUUUAAGGAGUAUCGUCAACGGGGCAAGGAGAUGGUUGACUAUAUAGCCGACUAUUUGGAGAAUAUAAGAGAACGCCGAGUCUUUCCGGAUGUGAGUCCCGGAUAUAUGCGUCAACUGCUGCCGGAGUCGGCGCCCGUGGAGGGAGAACCGUGGCCAAAGAUCUUUGGGGAUGUGGAGAACAUUGUGAUGCCCGGCGUGACCCAUUGGCAGUCGCCACAUAUGCACGGUUACUUUCCGGCCUUGAACUCGAUGCCAUCUCUAUUGGGCGAUAUGUUGGCGGAUGCCAUUAACUGUUUGGGCUUCACCUGGGCCAGUUCGCCGGCUUGCACAGAGCUGGAGAUUGUUGUGAUGAAUUGGCUGGGCAAGAUGAUUGGGCUGCCGGAUGAGUUUCUCCAUCUGAGCAACACAAGUAAAGGCGGCGGAGUGUUGCAGACGACGGCCAGUGAGGCAACAUUGGUGUGUCUGCUGGCAGGACGCACACGUGCCAUUCAGCGAUUCCAUGAGCAUAAUCCUGGCUAUCAGGAUGCGGAGAUAAAUGCUCGACUUGUGGCCUAUUGCUCGGAUCAGGCGCAUUCAAGCGUCGAGAAGGCGGCGCUCAUUGGACUCGUGCGUAUGCGCUAUAUUGAGGCUGACGAGGAGCUGUCCAUGCGAGGCAAUCUGUUGCGCGAGGCCAUCGACGAUGACAUUAAGCAGGGACUCGUCCCGUUCUGGGUCUGUGCCACACUUGGCAGCACGGGCAGCUGCAGCUUUGAUAAUCUGGAUGAGAUUGGAGUCGUCUGUCGGGAGUACAACUUGUGGCUUCAUGUGGAUGCGGCGUAUGCGGGCAGCGCCUUCAUUUGUCCCGAGUUUCGCACCUGGCUGAGGGGCAUCGAGCGUGCGGACUCGAUAGCUUUCAAUCCCUCCAAGUGGCUGAUGGUGCACUUUGAUGCCACUGCAAUGUGGGUGAGGGACAGCACCGCAGUGCAUCGCACCUUCAACGUGGAGCCGUUGUAUCUGCAGCAUGAGAAUUCCGGAGUCGCUGUCGAUUUUAUGCACUGGCAAAUUCCGCUGAGUCGUCGCUUUCGAUCCCUCAAAGUGUGGUUCGUCCUGCGAUCCUUUGGCAUCAAGGGGCUGCAGCGUCACAUACGUGAAGGCGUUCGUCUGGCCCAGAAAUUCGAGGCUCUUGUUCUUGCCGAUCAUCGAUUUGAGUUGCCCGCCAAGCGCCAUCUAGGUCUGGUUGUCUUUCGGAUUCGUGGCGAUAAUGAGAUCACUGAACGAUUGCUGAAGCGCUUAAAUUAUCGAGGAAAUCAACACUGCGUACCAUCCUCGCUGAAAGGACAAUAUGUGAUUCGAUUUACCAUCACCUCGACACACACAACCUUGGAUGAUAUUGUCAAGGAUUGGAUGGAGAUCAGGCAGGUUGCCUCCUUGGUUCUGGACGAGAUGAACAUCACCAUUUCGAAUCGCGUCUAUCUCAAGGAGACCAAGGAGAAGAACGAAUCCUUUGGCUCCAGCUUGUUGUUGUCCAACUCGCCGCUGUCGCCGAAGGUGGUGAAUGGUUCCUUUGCGGCCAUCUUUGAUGCGGAUGAGUUUCUGGCCAAGACCUACGCAGGCAUACGCAUUGCACACCAGGAAUCUCCAUCGACACGUCGCCGAGUGCGUGGCAUUCUCAUGUCCGGUAAGCAAUUCUCGCUGGACUCGCACAUGGAUGUGGCUGUGGUGCGCACCACACUGGACGACAGCAGCGAGCACAGCGAGACGAACACUACAGUGAACUCCUAUGGACGCACCACGGGUCGCGAGGUUGGCCAGGCAGCGGUUGGUGGACAGGCGAGCAUACGGGAGGAUGUGGACAAUGAGGAGUCGGCGGCGGAAGAAACUGAGCUGAUGCAGCUGUGCCAGAGUCGUCGUCGAAGCAGCCAAACUAACUCCAAUAUCCAUAAUCCAAUCCAGUCCAGCAAUAUCCAUAAUCACAAUCUCAACUACAACGACAACUAUAAUGUCAAUGCCACGCCCACCAAUCACUUUCGACCCAUUGCACUGUUCACGGCCCAAACGCAGUUCAAGUCACACUCGCAGUCACAAUCACAAUCACAGUCGCAGUCGCAGUCCCCGUUGAGUCUCAGUCGCGAUGUGACCGUCUCCGUGGACAGUUUGCUCACACCGGUCACCCAUUGUGAUGUCUAUCAUGGCAAGCGAUUUCUGGAGCCUGUCAGCAGCCUCAUCGAUAACAGUUCCUUCACCAGCAGCAUCUGUCACAUGCCCACGCCCAUCACAACGCCCACAGAGCCGGAAGCACGCAGUUUCGAGGAUAUCGAUUGGCCAGCCAGGACAUUCAGUCAAUUGCUGUUCGAACGUUAUGCCCACUCCUCAUCCCGAUCGGGGGAGGAAUCCUCCACAGAUAGCAGCAGUCUAAGCCUGACCAGAAUCAUCACGCCCACUCCGAGCCUUCUGAGUAGCCUCAAUGAAUUGGCCUCACCGCUCCUCGGUUCCUUUGCCUCCCAAUCGCAGCCUCUGCACUCGGCAUUGGAUGCAUCCAAGUUCAGUGACUCGGAUGCCACCAUUUGCUCGGCGACCUCAUCGCUGGAAUCCCUAUAAAUAAUGCCCAUACAAAUAAUAUCUAUAUUUAUCUGAUAAAUCUUUAUGUACUUAGAAAUUGAAUCCUUCACUGCUGUGCAAUCAAUAAUGUUACCUAUCAUAGUAUCAAAUCGAGAUCAGAUAAACACAAAUAUGUCUGUAUCUAUGACUCUUAAUCUAAUCCCAUGUAAUAUAUAUACAUACAUAUAUAUGCAUAACUUAGGCAAGAAAUAGUUAUUUCCUAAAAAAAUCAUCUCGAAAAUAUAUUAUUAAAUCUAUCUCGCUCUCUUUCAAUAUAUAUAUUAAUAAAUAUGUAAAUUCUAAAUUUUACUCCUUAAUGUGAUUAAAGUUUCAACGUUAAAACCAAA